CAUGCCCCAAGUUGGGCGCGGCGGCGGCGGCGGCGGCGGCGGGCGCUGAGAGCGGCCCGGGGGCUCGGGGCGCGGGGCCGGGCGGACGCGGCGCGGCCAUGAGCGGGCGGCCGGCGCCGCUCUCCCGCAAGCAGCGGCUCAUGGCAGCCGUGGGCGAGCGGGCGGCGGCGGGCGGCGGCGGCGGCGGGGGCGGCGCGCCGCUCUCCUGCUUCAUCUGCGGCGGCGGCAUCCGACGCGGCAAGGAGCUGAAGCUGCAGGUGAAGCAGCCGGCGGCGGCGGCGGGCGCGGGGGCCGCGGCGCAGCCCUUCUUCCCGUUCCUGCAGCAGCAGGAGCCGGCGCCCGGCGCGCGCGAGCUGUGCCCGGCCGACGGCUGCGUGCUGGUGUGCGCCGUGUGCCGCUGCUUCCUGGGCGAGCAGUGGGCCGCGUUCGAGCGCGCCCGCACGCCGGUGGACAAGCGCAUGUACUGGCUCAAGCGGCCGCACCAGUGCGACGCGGGCGCGGGCGGGCGCCGCGGGGCCGCCGGGGCCCCCCGGGAGUGGAACGUCGCCUACGCGCUGGGCGGCGCUGCGGGCGACGAGACGCGGGACUCCGAGCUGUCGGAGCUGUCGGACACGGACCCCCUCUCCGAGACCGAGCCGGCCGUGCGCGACGCCGCCAGCCCCCGCCCGGGGCCCGGGCCUCGCGGGGGCCGCUGCCAGGAGUGGAGGCCGACGCCGGGACCCCCUCCGGGACAGGGCGACGUGGAGGAGGAGGAGGAGGGGGCCCCCUCGAAGCAGCGCGGGGACGGCGAGCCCAAGACCGGCGGGAGGCGCAGGAGGAAGGCCCCUGGGAGGCACUGGGCGCCCGAGGCCCGGGCCAGCGUCCUGAGGGGCAUUCAGGAACCUUGGCAAGGCCCUCCAGUCCAGGUGGCCCCCGCGGACGGCAUGAAGGGAGUCCCUUCGGGCAGGGCCGCUAAAACCCCUGAGAGUAGGCCGCGGGGGGAGACCCGCGGGAGCUAUUGCGUGUCCGAGGACAGUGACAUCAACAUCACCAGCGAGGAAGAGGACCGUAAGGAGCAGCCUCCGCCUGGCCUGCCAGAGAAGGAGAGCGCAGGCCGUGUCCCCUGGGCUUCCCUGGAGAGCAGGGCUGCGCCACCAGAGGGCCUUUGCUGCUACAUUUGUGGGUCGGCUCUGGCGCCGGCCUCGCAGCACCAGAUCCACGUGCAGAAGCAGGAAAAGCUGGCCCAGGCGCCCUUCUUUCCUUUCUUGUGGCUGCACAGCCCCCCUCCAGGGGCCCAGCCCAUCAGCGAGGGGGGCAGCACCCUGGUGUGCCCCUGCUGCUUCUCCUCGCUCAUGCAGCAGUGGCAGAGCUUUGAGCUGGCCAGCGUGCCUGUCCUGCAGCGGCUCUACGUGGUGCCCCUGAACAGCCAUGCCCCCGGCAUGGCCUCCAAGGGCAGGAGGCUCCCCAGGGAAGAUGGCCUGCCAGCUGGGACCCUGCCGGAGGCCUGCUACCUCUGUGGGGAGGACUGUACCCAGGAUGCCCGGGCAGUGGCCUCCCGGCUCCUCAAUGGCAGUGCCAGGGGCUCCAUGCAUUUCCCCUUCCUCAGCCUCUUGCCCUGUCCGCCCAACGCCCGGGGCCCCAACAAGCGCUGUGAGGUCCGAAGCUGCCCCAAGUGCUUCAGUGUCCUGGAGGACGUCUGGGCCCUGUACCGGGCCUGCCAGAACGAGGAGCUUAUCACUUCUGUGCAGGGUUUCCUGGGCAGGUACCACCAGGCUUUCUCGGCCUCAGACCCCGCUGUCUCGGAACCACCGGCCCCGGCCCGCGGCAGCCCGGUGUCCGUCUGCUACACCUGUGGGGCCGAGCUGGGCCCUGGGAAGGAGUUCCAGCUCAGCGUGAACCCCUCCAGCCGCCUGGGCGAGAAGGAGCCCUUCUUCCCAUUCCUCACUGUUUACCCGCCCGCCCCGCGUGCCCGGCCUGCCGAUUCCACGGGCCUGGUGGCCACCUGCGUCCUCUGCUACCACGACCUGCUGGGCCAGUGGCUGCGGCACGAGGCCCACAGCGCCCACCACCCCGUUGGCCCCUGGUCGCGGCGGUACCAAGUGGACACGUUCGUGUGCUUCUUUUGCCGGCAGGAGAAAAAGCGGCGUCUCGGGCUCAGGGCCGUGCGGGUGGCCCGGCUGCCCUUGUUUCUCUACACCCUCCGAGCCAGCCACAGCUUGCUGGUGGACGACGGGCGGCAGCUGAUCAUUGGCGCCUGCGUGGAGUGCGGGACUCUGGUGUGUGCAGGCCCGGGGCUCACCCGCCAGGGGCCUGCAGGUCGGAGCUCCCCAGUGACAGCCGUGAUGAAGGUCACGUCUGCAUCUCUCGAGGCAUCGACAGCCGUCCACGUCCCCGCCAGGGAGCCUGAGCCCCGGCCAGGCGCCCCAGCAGAGAGCGCGCCCAGAGGUCCCCGGAUGGCCCAGGAGCCGGGACCCACCCGGUGUCUGCAGAGCAGCGUGGCCGGGACUGGAGCGGACCUGCCCGGCACAGGCAUGAGCCAUGAGCCCAAGUCCCCUUCACUAGGGAUGCUUUCCACCGCGACCAGGACCACCGCCACCGUCAACCCCCUCACCCCCUCGCCGCUCAAUGGCGCCCUGGUGCCCAGCGGCAGCCCCGCCAGCAGCAGCACGCUGUCGGCCCAGGCCGCGCCGUCCUCCAGCUUUGCCGCUGCGCUGCGCAAGCUCGCCAAACAGGCGGAGGAGCCCAGAGGGUCUUCACUGAGCAGCGAGUCGUCCCCCGUGUCCUCGCCGGCCACCAACCACAGCUCCCCGGCCAGCACGCCGAAGCGCGUGCCCAUGGGCCCCAUCAUCGUCCCCCCUGGGGGCCACAGUGUGCCCAGCACGCCCCCCGUGGUGACGAUCGCCCCCACCAAGACCGUCAACGGCGUGUGGAGGAGCGAGAGCCGGCAGCAGGACACCGGCUCUCGGGGCAGCAGCAGUGGGCGGGAGCGCCUCAUCGUGGAGCCCCCGCUGCCCCAGGAGAAGGCAGGGGGCCCAGCCAUCCCCUCACACCUGCUGAGCACCCCUUACCCUUUUGGCAUCUCCCCCAGCUCUGUGGUGCAGGACUCACGCUUCCCACCGCUCAACCUGCAGCGGCCUGUGCACCACGUGGUGCCCCCCAGCACCGUGACCGAAGACUACCUGAGGAGCUUCCGGCCCUACCACACCACUGAGGACCUGCGCAUGUCCUCCCUGCCUCCACUUGGCCUGGACCCUGCUGCCGCCGCCGCCGCCUACUACCACCCCAGCUACCUGGCCCCGCACCCGUUCCCCCACCCGGCCUUCAGGAUGGAUGACUCGUACUGCUUGUCAGCCCUACGGUCCCCCUUCUACCCCAUCCCCACCCCCGGCUCCCUGCCCCCGCUGCACCCGUCGGCCAUGCACCUCCACCUCUCGGGGGUCCGCUAUCCCCCUGAGCUCUCCCACUCGUCCUUGGCUGCGCUGCACUCGGAGCGGAUGUCCAGCCUCAGCGCCGAGAGGCUCCAGCUGGAUGAGGAGCUGAGGCGCGAGCGGGAGCGGGAGGCGGAUCGCGAGCGGGAGAAGGAGCGCGAGCGGGAGCGGGAGAAGGAGCGCGAGCGGGAGAAGGAGCUGGAGCGCGAGCGGGAGAAGGAGCGGGAGCUGGAGCGCCAGCGGGAGCAGCGGGCCCGUGAGAAGGAGCUGCUGGCGGCCAAGGCGCUGGAGCCGGCCUUCCUGCCCGUGGCUGAGCUGCACGGGCUGCGGGGUCACGCCGGCGAGGAGCGCGGCAAGCCCUCGGAGCAGCUGACCCCGACGCGCCCAGAGAAGCUGAAGGAGGCCGGCCUGCAGGCCCCGAAGCCCGUGCAGCACCCCCUGCACCCCGCGCCCGCUGCGCACCACGCCGUGCCCGGUCUCCUGUCCAACCACAGCAUCUUCUCGCUGCCGGGCAGCAGCGCUGCCACGGCCCUGCUCAUCCAGCGCACCAACGAGGAAGAGAAGUGGCUGGCACGGCAGCGGCGGCUGCGGCAGGAGAAGGAGGACCGGCAGUCGCAGGUGUCGGAGUUCCGGCAGCAGGUGCUGGAGCAGCACCUGGACAUGGGCCGGCCCCCGGCGCCCACAGAGGCGGAGCACAGGCCGGACAGCGCCAGGCUGGGACCAAACCGCCCAGAGCCGGGCAGCCGAGACCCCCCGCAGCACUUUGGCGGGCCCCCGCCGCUCAUCUCGCCCAAGCCCCAGCACCACUCUGUGCCCACGGGCCUCUGGAACCCGGUGUCCCUGAUGGACAGCAGCCUGGAACCGCGGCGGGCCCCGGAGAGCCACCCUCUGCACGGCCACCCUGCCCCGUUCGAGCCCAGCCGCCAGGCCGCUGUCCCGCUGGUGAAGGUGGAGCGCGUGUACUGCCAGGAGAAGGCAGAGGACGGGCCCCGGAAGCGCGAGGCCGCUGCCCUGGACAAGUACCAGCCACCCCCGAGGGAGGCGGCGGGCCUGGAGCACCAGGCCUUUCCUCACGGGCCCGGGCCCUUCCUGGCUGAGCUCGAGAAGUCCACCCAGACGCUCCUGGGCCAGCAGCGGGCCGCCCUCCCUCAGCCUGCCCCCUUCACCGAGCUGGCCGGGCCACUGAAGCCGGGCUCGCCCUACCGGCCGCCCGCGCCACGGGGCCCCGACCCGGCCUACAUCUACGACGAGCUCCUGCAGCAGCGGCGGCGGCUGGUCAGCAAGCUGGACCUGGAGGAGCGCCGGCGGCGAGAGGCCCAGGAGAAAGGGUACUACUACGACCUAGAUGACUCCUAUGACGAGAGCGACGAGGAGGAGGUCAGGGCCCACCUCCGCUGUGUGGCUGAGCAGCCACCGCUCAAGCUGGACACGUCCUCCGAGAAGCUAGAGUUUUUGCAACUUUUUGGCUUGACCACCCAACAGCAGAAGGAGGAAUUGCUGACCCAGAAGCGGAGGAAGCGGCGGCGGAUGCUGAGGGAGAGAAGCCCGUCGCCCCCGACGAUGCAGAACAAGCGGCAGACGCCCUCCCCGAGGCUGGCGCUGUCCACCCGCUACAGCCCCGACGAGAUGAACAACAGCCCCAACUUUGAAGAGAAGAAGCAGUUCCUGACCAUCUUCAACUUGACCCACAUCAGCGCCGAAAAGAGGAAAGACAAAGAGAAACUUGCUGAAAUGCUCCGUGCCCUGAAGCAGAAGGCACUGUCCGCAGCAGCGGCAGACCCACUCAGGAGCUCUCCGAGGGACAGUCCUGCUGUCUCCCUGAGCGAGCCAGCCACGCAGCAAGCCUCUCUCGAGACAGAGAAGCCUGUGGGUGUCGCUGCUUCCUUGUCUGACGUCGCCAAGGCCACGGAGCCCGGGAGACUGGAGCAGCUCCGGCCCCAGGAGCUGUCGCGGGUCCAGGAGCCAGCGGCGCCUGGCGGCGAGAAGGCCAGGCCGAGCGAGGCCCCCGGGGGCAGGAAGAGCCUGAGCCUGCUUCAUCACAUCCGCGGCCCCGCGCCCAAGGAUGUCCCAGUGCCGCUGUCCCACAGCAUCAACGGGAAGAGCAAGCCGUGGGAGCCCUUCAUGGCGGAGGAGUUCGCGCACCAAUUCCACGAGUCUGUGCUGCAGUCCACCCAGAAGGCCCUGCAGAAGCAUAAAGGGGGCGCGGCCGUGCUGUCUGCCGAGCAGAGCCACAAAGUCGAUGCGUCCGUCCACUACAACAUUCCGGAGCUGCAGUCCUCCAGCCGGCUCCCUCCGCCCCAGCACAACGGGCAGGAGGUCCCCCCUGGGAGGAAGGGCCCCCUCACACAGGAGAUGGACCAGGACUCCGAGGAGGACGAAGACGACGGAGAGGAGGAGGAUGACGAACCCCCCAGGCGCAAGUGGCAAGGGAUCGAGGCAAUCUUCGAGGCUUACCAGGAACAUAUAGAAGAGCAAAACCUGGAGCGGCAGGUGCUGCAGACGCAGUGCCGCAGGCUGGAGGCCCAGCACUACAGCCUCAGCCUCACGGCCGAGCAACUCUCCCACAGCAUGGCGGAGCUAAGGAGCCAGAAGCAGAAGGUCGUGUCGGAGAGGGAGCGGCUCCAGGCCGAACUGGACCACUUGAGGAAGUGCCUUGCGUUGCCUGCCAUGCACUGGCCUAGAGGCUACUUUAAGGGAUAUCCUAGGUGACGGUUUCCCUUGCACUAGGCCGAACCUAUAGUAUAGAAAUAUUAUCUAUUUUAUUACCUUGAAUAUUUAAUAUUUUUCACUGGGAGGUUUGAAGCUUAAAAAACAAACACAAGAAUGUGCCAUGCAUGAAGCAAAGGGUCCCAGGCUCCAGAACGGACUCGCCUUGACUUCGAUGCAGCUGAGUCACCUUUGUCCGCCAGCAAGCCACCGACGUAGGACGCCCCUAGUUCUUUCUCCUAAAGGUGGUUUCACCCUUCCCCCGGCAUUCUUUCUGGAUCUGAAAGCGAAGGCUCCCGUACCAACACUAAGCUCCAUCGCCGGCGGCCCCGGGCACCCGAGUGGGUGAGAUGGAGCGCGUCCGUCCCUGGUGUGGCCGGCCCGCGCGCCCCGAGACCCCGCUCGGCCUCGCUCCUCCCCGGGACCGAGACCCGCUUCAGCGGGAAGAAGGUGGGCCACGUCUCCGGUAAAGGGCUUAUCUGUUUCUGCGAAAUUUCCGAAGCAGCGGGUCCCGGGAGCGCACAGAGCAGCAGUCCCGAAGCCUCACGCACAGGCUUCUCCCCAGAACAGCUCGUCUACAGCGCACGUCGGCGAACGGGGACGCGCAGAGCCCCGUGCACACGUGCUCGCCGGCCGCUCCGGCACGGGGCUGCGUUUUCAUACAGACGUAAAUUUUGAGAGAAAAGUCAAAGGUGCUUCAGCCUUGUACUGUGUAUAUAUAUUAAAAAACAAAGUUUUGUAUGUUUUUAUUA